AUGUGGAUCCAGGGCCCUGUGAGGGUGGAACAGGAAGGGCUCUGCCCAGGGCCCACCAGCUCCUUGGCACUUCUGCUGGCAGACCAGCGGGUGGAGGUGAGCGAGCUUGCUCUCUGCAUCCACAGGCAGGACGAGGUGCUUCAAAGCUUGUGGCCCCCACUCCCCAGCAUGGGCAUCGGCCCCGUGGCUUUGGGAGUCUGCUGCCCGGCAGUGGAAUGGGCUGACCCAGGCUCUGGACUCUCCAAGGCUGGCACUCAGGAAGACCCCAUCAAGAAGAAGCGCCCCCCUGUGAAGGAGGAGGACCUGAAGGGGGCCCGAGGGAAGCUGACCAAGAACCAGGAGAUCAAGUCCAAGACCUACCAGGUCAUGCGGGAGUGUGAGCAAGCUGGUUCUGCCGCCCCAUCGGUGUUCAGCCUUGCCCGGACUGGCACCGAGACCGUUUUUGAGAAGCCCAAAGCCGGACCCGCCAAGAGUGUCUUUGGCUGAGAAGUGCACGCCACGCCCCUCACCGUCAGCAACACCUAGACACAGGAGCCUUUCCCAAGAACUCUUUUUUUUAUGCCAGAACAUAGCUUCUCACCCGUGGCCUCUGGGAUUGGCACCCUCCCCGACAACCCUGGCCCCUGAGCCCAGGGACUCUGCAUCAGCACCUGGGCAACACCAAUAAAGAGGAUGCCCAAGUGGCCCCAGCA